AUGUCGAGAGACAUCAUCCCUCCUGUGCUUGUUCCAUACAUUAGACGUGAUGGUACUGGCGAGUCUUCGCUCUCUUUGGUAACUUCGACCUUGACAAAUCCUCCACAUUGGCUGCUGCUUCGACACCUGUAUGCUGGUCUCACAUCCUCACCACCAAACGCCACAUCAUCCACCAACACCGUCGUGCUCGUCAGCCUUCUACAAUCGAGGGAUUGCUGGCUUGAGCUAUGUAAGAAAACAGGGGUGGACCUCGUAUCCCUGACCAAAAGCAAACAGCUCGUCUACAUCGAUGGCGUUGACCUCGACUCGAACCCAUCCGAAAUCAGCAAAAGCAUCUUUCCUGUCAUAAAAUUUACCAGCCUAGAUCUAGACGACCUUCUAAGAAUAAUCACCACCACUAUUUCCUCCAUAACGCACACCAAGUCUCACACAACUCUAAUAAUUGAUGGCAUCGACUUCCUCCUCGCCUUACAACCAGAUACCAUAACGACCGCCCAACAAACCCUAUCCACCCUCUUCCACCUCGCUACACACACCAUCGUGACGCUCCACGCCGACGGCCCUUUCUUACACAACCACUCCUCCACGAUCUCAACACCGCUAGAGAAGGCCCAGGCCUCGCUUCUCACGACGCUUGCGCAUCAAGCCACUUAUGUCUUUCAGCUGAGAGGUCUGAGCACGGGAGCGGCUAAGGGAAUCACUGGUGUCUUACGUGUGACGCGCGGAGGAGGAUUUGACGAUGAUAGUGAGGAAGGUGGAAGUGCAGAGGGGGUGGAUGGGGAGUGGUUGUAUCAGUGGAAAGGGGAUGGGGGUGUCCAUUUGUGGGUUCGCGGCGAAUGA